AUGUACAAUAUCUCCUGCUUUAAAGUCUCUACUUUAGCGAAUUGCCACAAUCUUCUGGAUUUGAUAACCUCCAAAUGCUUUUGUGAACUGCCACACCAAUUCUACCGACCACUCCUGGAUUUAUCAGCUGACCAAAUGCGCUCCUUCGACGUCUACUGUGCAUUUUGUAGCAGCUCUUUAAAUGGAGUGGCCAUUGGUACCGAGACCAAGAAAGACUGCGAAUUGCAGCGUCUAUUUAUUGAAGAGCGAAUUGAAAAGCUCGAAGCCAGGAGGAGGUCCGGGGUUAACUGCCCCAGUAUUUCGGUCAACCCGUUGAAACACAAUACUUCUGCUUCUGACGUUGGCAUUAAGAAGGAUCCUAAAGAUGACGGGGAAUAUGGAGACUCUUCUUACGAUCCAAAGAUUGACAACGAAGAGGGUAUCAAAUUGCUGAAUGCUGUGCUUCAUUUAGGGUAUAAUCCUGGACGAGCACCAGGGCCCAAAAC